ACCCGCGGGUUGCUAUUCCGGCUGGCGGCCGCCACCGCAGGAAGGACGGGCUCCCGCGCUCCCCCGCCCCUUUCCCUCGCCUUCUGCUGACGCUGACGUCGGGAGAGGGAGCCGGAGGGACGCUCCGACCGCCGCCGGGAGCUCCUGGGGGCCGGGGCCCGAGGUUAUAAUAUAGCUUAUCCUCUCAUGCUUUUUCCCUGCCCCUUCUCCCCAAGUCAUCAAUAGAAAAAGAAGGAGAAAACAUGUCAGGACACAAAUGCAGCUACCCCUGGGACUUACAGGAUCGCUAUGCUCAGGACAAGUCCGUUGUGAAUAAGAUGCAGCAGAAGUACUGGGAGACGAAGCAGGCCUUCAUCAAAGCCACCGGGAAGAAGGAAGACGAGCACGUGGUGGCCUCUGACGCAGACCUGGAUGCUAAGCUGGAGCUGUUUCACUCAAUUCAGAGAACCUGUUUGGACUUGUCUAAAGCAAUUGUACUCUAUCAAAAGAGAAUAUGUUUCUUGUCCCAAGAAGAAAAUGAACUGGGAAAAUUUCUCCGAUCCCAAGGCUUCCAAGAUAAAACCAGAGCAGGAAAAAUGAUGCAAGCAACAGGAAAGGCCCUCUGCUUUUCUUCCCAGCAAAGGUUGGCCUUGCGAAACCCUUUGUGUCGAUUUCACCAAGAAGUGGAGACUUUUCGGCAUCGGGCCAUCUCAGACACCUGGCUGACGGUGAACCGCAUGGAGCAGUGCCGGACGGAGUACAGAGGGGCGUUGCUGUGGAUGAAGGACGUGUCUCAGGAGCUCGAUCCAGAUCUCUACAAGCAAAUGGAGAAGUUCAGGAAGGUACAAGCACAAGUGCGCCUUGCCAAAAAGAGCUUUGACAAAUUGAAGAUGGACGUGUGUCAAAAAGUGGAUCUUCUUGGAGCAAGCAGAUGCAAUCUCUUGUCUCAUAUGCUCGCAACAUACCAGACCACGCUGCUUCAUUUUUGGGAGAAAACUUCUCACACCAUGGCAGCCAUCCAUGAGAGCUUCAAAGGCUACCAGCCCUAUGAAUUCACUACAUUAAAGAGCUUACAAGACCCCAUGAAGAAACUGGUCGAGAAGGAAGAAAGGAAGAAGCUCAAGCAGCAGGCAAGUGCCGAAGCCACAGCGGAAGAGCCAAGUCAGUUAAUUUCCUUAGAGGAAGAAAACCAGCGCAAGGAAUCCUCUAUUUUUAAGACUGAAGAGGAAAAAGGCGUUUUAUCUGCCUUGGACAAAAGCUCUACGCAUAACGUGUGCUCAGAUGAACUAUUAAACAUGAAACCUGAGGAAGGUGCUUGCCUGGGCCCGAUGGCAGAGACCACGGAACUGGAAGGUGCUGACAAAGAUGACCUGCUGCUGCUGAAUGAGAUCUUCAACGCCUCCUCCCUGGAAGAGGGCGAGUUCAGCAAGGAGUGGGCCGCUGUGUUUGGAGACAGUCGGCUGAAGGAGCCAGCACCUGCGGUGGCCCCAGGAGAGCCAGACUCCAAGCCCCAGACAGGCUCAGGAUUCCUUCCUUCGCAGCUUUUAGACCAAAAUAUGAAAGACUUAAAGGCCUCCCUACAAGAGCCCGCCAAGGCUGCCUCGGACCUGACUGCCUGGUUCAGCCUCUUCGCUGACCUCGACCCGCUAUCAAAUCCCGACGCGGUGGGAAAAACCGAUAAAGAACACGAGUUGCUCAAUGCCUGAGUCUGCGGGCUCCCUCCCAGAGCCCACACGCUGCUCCUCCGAGACACACCUGGGGGCUGAUGGAAGGGUGAUGCAAUCAGUAUGCUGUUUUACUAUUUACGUGCCAUUUUAAUAAAACGAACGGGUCAGAGGCCCUGUUUAUAUUGGUAUAA